CUUAUUUAAACAAAAAAUUGUCAAAAGUUACUUAGAAUAUAUCACUUAAGUAAAAAGAUGAAGAACCAAAAUGCAGUUAAAAUAUCACUUAAGUAAAGAGGAAAUGGAGAACUGGCAACUGAUAUUUUUCUUAUUGAUAAAUUCCUGUUUGAUAUUUAAUGAAGGCAUUGUAAAUAUACAAUCGGGUAACAAAAAAAGAUGUCCAUUUGAAAAAGGUACGACGAGUACAGCUGCUGCAAUUGGUCAAAUAGAAACAUUAAAACAAGCUUAUGAAAGUGGUUGCGAAUGGGAUAAAAAUACGACUACUGAAGCUGCUGCAAACGGUCAUUUAGAAUGCUUAAAAUAUGUACAUAAAAAUGGCUGUAGAUGGGAUAAAGAAACAACAAGGGCCGCUGCUGAAAAUGGUCAUUUAGAAUGCUUAAAAUAUGCUCAUGAAAAUAGUUGCAGUUGGGAUAAAGAAACAACUAGGGCUGCUGCUAAAAAUGAUCAUUUAGAAUGCUUAAAAUAUGCUCAUGAAAAUAGUUGCAGAUGGGAUAAAGAAACAACUAGGGCCGCUGCUGAAAAUGGUCAUUUGAAAUGCUUAAAAUAUGCUCAUGAAAAUGGCUGUAGGUGGGAUAAAGAAACAACAAGGGAUGCAGCUAUAAAUGGUCAUUUAGAAUGCUUAAAAUAUGCUCAUGAAAAUGGCUGUAGAUGGGAUAAAGAAACAACAAGGGCUGCUGCUGAAAAUGGUCAUUUAGAAUGCUUAAAAUAUGCUCAUGAAAAUGGAUGUAGAUGGAAUAAAGAAACAACAAGGGCCGCUGCUGCAAAUGGGCAUUUAGAAUGCUUAAAAUAUGCUCAUGAAAAUGGAUGUAGAUGGGAUAAAGAAACAACAUGGAAUGCAACUGCAAAUGGUCAUUUAGAAUGCUUAAAAUAUGCAUAUCAAAAUGGCUGUAGUUGGAAUAAACAAACAACAAGGUCCGCUGCUGCAAAUGGACAUUUAGAAUGCUUAAAAUAUGCUCAUGAAAAUGGAUGUAGAUGGGAUAAAGAAACAACAAGUGCUGCUGCAAUAAAUGGCCAUUUAGAAUGCCUAAAAUAUGCUCAUGAAAAUGGCUGUAAAUGGAAUGAAACAACAACAGAAGCAGCUGCAAAAAAAGGCAGUUUGGAAUGUUUAAAAUAUGCUCACAAAAAUGGAUGCCGCUGGAAUAAAGGCAUAAUUAUAGCUGCUGCUACAGAAAGUAAUUUAAAUUGUUUAAAAUAUGCAUACGAAAAUGGUUGCCAAUGGGUUGAUGGCAUAACUACUGCAGCUACUAUGAGAGGUAAUUUAGAAAUUUUAAAAUAUGUACAUGAAAAUGGAUGCAAAUGGGAUGAAGGUACAACUAGGAUUGCUGCUUUUAAUGGUGAUCUACAAAUUUUAAAAUACGUCCACGAAAAUGGAUGCCAAUGGGAUAAUGGUAUAACUACUACAGCUACCAUAAGAGGUCAUUUAGAAAUUUUGAAAUAUGCUCAUGAAAAUGGAUGUCCGUGGGAUAAAAACACAACAGAAGUUGCUGCAAGUUAUGGUAAUUUAGAAUGUCUCAUAUAUGCACAUAAAAAUGGAUGCAAAUGGGCCGCAGGUACAACUAAAGCUGCUGCAUUAGGAGGACAUUUAGAUUGCUUAAAAUAUGUCCACGAAAAUGGAUGUGAUUGGGAUGAGGGUACAACUAGAGCUGCUGCAGUAAGUGGCUGUUUAGACUGUUUAAUAUAUGCCCAUGAAAAUGGAUGUCCAUGGGAUGAAAACACAAUAGAAAGAGCUGCAAUUUUUGGUAAUUUAAAUUGCCUAAUAUAUGCACAUGAAAAUGAAUGCAAAUGGGCCGUAGGUACAACUGAAGCUGCAGCUUUAGAUGGUUAUUUUGAUUGUUUAAAAUAUGCCCACGAAAAUGGAUGUGAUUGGGAUGAGGGUACAACUAGAGCUGCUGCAAUAAGCGGCUGUUUAGACUGUUUAAUAUAUGCCUAUGAAAAUGGUUAUCCAUUGGAUAAAAAAAUAACGUCAAUAUCAGCUCUUAAUGGUGAUUUACAAAUCCUGAAAUAUGUUCAUGAAAGUGGAUGCGAAUGGGAUGAAAACACAACAGAAGUUGCUGCAAGUUAUGGUAAUUUAGAAUGCCUAAUAUAUGCACAUCAAAAUGGAUGCAAAUGGGCCGCAGGUACAACUAAAGCUGCUGCAUUAGGAGGGCAUUUAGAUUGCUUAAAAUAUGUCCACGAAAAUGGAUGUGAUUGGGAUGAGGGUACAACUAAAGCUGCUACAGUAGGUGGCUGUUUAGACUGUUUAAUAUAUGCCCAUGGAAAUGGAUGCAAAUGGGAUGAAAAAAUAACGGAAAUAGCUGCUUUUAAUGGUGAUUUACAAAUUUUGAAAUAUGUGCAUGAAAAUGGAUGCGAAUGGGAUGAAAAUGUAACAGCAAUAGCUGCUUCUAAUGGUGAUUUACAAAUUUUGAAAUAUGCCCAUGAAAAUGGAUGCAAAUGGGGUAAUUCAAUAACAACAAUAGCCGUUUUUAAUGGUGAUUUAGAAAUUUUGCAAUAUGCCUAUGAAAAUGGAUGCCAUUGGGAUGAAGGCAUAAUUAUUAUGGCUGUUAAAAACGGUUAUUUAGAAAUUUUAAAAUAUGCUCAUGAAAAUGGAUGUCCGUGGGAUGAAAACACAACAAUAGCAGCUGCAAAAUCUGGUAAUUUAGAAUGCUUACAAUACGCUCAUGAAAAUGGAUGUCCUUGGGAUGAAAACACAACAAAAGCAGCUGCAAUAUCUGGUAAUUUAGAAUGCUUACAAUAUGCUCAUGAAAAUGGAUGUAAUUGGGCUGUAGGUACAAUUAGAACUGCUGCUUUAAGAGGUAAUCUGGAAAUAUUAAAAUACGCCCACGAAAAUGGUUGCGAAUGGGAUGAGGACACAACUAGAGCUUCUGCAGCAAGUGGUUGUGUAGAUUGCUUAAAGUAUGCUCAUGAAAACAAGUGUCAUUGGAACGAAGGAACAAUAGUUAUAGCUGCCAUGCAUGGUAAUUUAAAUUGUUUAAUAUAUUCUUACGAACAUGGGUGGGAUUGGUACGAAGGUACAACGAGAGCAGCUGCUGCAAAUCGACAUUUAGACUGCCUAAAAUAUGCUUAUAAAAAUGGUUGUAAAUGGGAUGAAGGUACAACAAGGGAAGCUGCUGCGAGUGGUUGUAUUAACUGUUUGAUCUUUGCUCAUGAAAAUGGAUGUAAUUGGGAUGAAGGAACAAUAGUUACAGCUGCCAUGCGUGGACAUUUAGAUUGUUUAAUAUAUGCCCACGAAAAUGGAUGCAAAUGGGAUGAAGGCACAACAAGACUUGCUGCUGCAAAUGGUCAAUUUCGUUGUUUAAAAUACGCUUUUGAAAAUAAUUGUCCAUGGAGUAGUAAUACCAUAUAUGAAGCUUCUCGAAAUGGUUUUAUUGAUGUAAUCAACUAUGCUAUCAAAAAUGGCUGUCCUAAUUAGUUUUCUUUUGUAAUUAUAUAUAUUUUUUAUAUUUAUUUAUGUUGGCUAUUUUUAUUAUAUUUGCCUAAAUUUACGAUAGUAAUAAUAUUGACAGCAUUUUUGAUAAUUUACUUGCUUUAUAAAUAUUUUUUUUGAAAGUAUUACCAAAAUCCAAUAUAUUAUCUAAAAAAAACGUUUUCAAAAGUCAAUUUCAUAUGAACACAAAUAAUUACACAAGACAUGCAGGAAACCAGUGUUACAGAAUGAAAGAUAAUGACAGUGUUAAAUUAAAA